GAAGCCAUGGCUCAUGACCAAAAUCGCCGGUAAGCGUGCGCCUACCGGAAUAUGCACAUCGAAGCGCUUCGCACGCGUUGCAUUCUCCGAACUCAAUCCUCCAGACCCAGGGCACCUCGAAAGACCAUGCAGCUGUGCCACACAACCGCAUCUCUCCUGAAUCGCCAUGCAUACAAGCUUUUUCCAGACCCGGAUCUCGCCCCAAAUACUACGGCAAGUGGUCCAAUGCCCCGUUCUUGCCUUCAGCACUUAUUUCCUUUCGUUACUCAUGCCUUCGUGGCUCGGACUUCAGUUGCAUGGUCAUCCUUCGAUGAGGCUCAGACGGGUAAAGUGGGUAUGAUAAGGCCUGCAGUGAGGCACAAAUAAAGCUUGAUGCCCUCAACACUCACAGUCACCAGCCAGGGACAAUACGCUUUCGCCUUCAAUCAAUCCGAAACACAAAGCUGCCAAUCUCAACCUCAGCCGCCAAAAUGGUCAACCUUUCCAUUCUCGUUUCUUCGCUCUACUUGGCUUCGUCAGCAGUAGCCGCGGCUCUCCCUGCCUCUGCUCCAAAGACGUGCAAGAACCCCAUUGUACGAAAAGAAUGGAAGCAACUCUCUAUUCCCCAGAAGAGGGCGUAUAUCGAUGCAGUACUCUGCCUAGCAUCAAAGCCAGCCAUCUCUGGCAUCGAGGGAGCCAUAAACCGUUUCGACGACUUCCAAGCCGUACACAGUAGCCAAACUCCCGACAUCCACUGGGUCGGUCACUUCACUCUCUGGCACCGCUAUUUCAUCUAUACCUAUGAAAAGGCUCUUAGGCAAGAGUGCGGUUACACUGGUGCUCAACCCUACUGGAAUUGGUCUCUAGAUGCUGAACCUCAGAAUCCCACCUCAACACGCAUCUUUGACUCUGAGAUCUGGCAAGCAGACACUGGAUUCGGUGGCAACGGUAACAAGGUUGAACCCACUAAUGAGACAAACCCCUUCGGCAUCGUUGGCGGAACAGGAGGUGGUUGCGUACAGAAUGGACCUUUCACAGCCGACAAGUUCUCAGUCAACUUCCCCACUCCCCACUGUCUCAAGCGCGAUUUUGUCCCCACUCUGAUCAAUGUCUGGGCCGACCAGAAGCUCGUCAACAACGUCCUCGCCCAGAAGGACUACACUGGCUUUGCCAGGGCCGUUGAAGGCGAGGCUAGCUUCGCCGUUCCCAACAUCCACGGAAGCGGUCACUUCGGUGUUGGAGGUGCUCUCGGACAGGCUGGUGAUGCGAACAACAGCCCCGGCGAGCCGGUAUUCUACCUCCACCAUGGCAACAUCGACCACAUCUUCUGGAUGUGGCAACAGAAGGAUCUCAAAAUCCGCUUGCACCAGGUUGGUGGCCCAACAAUUCCUUUCAACUACAGUGGUAAAAAUGUCACAAUUGACUUUGAAGUUGGCCUUGAUACUCAGGGAAGCACUCUAUGCUACACCUACUAG